GUCCACCAAGAAACAAAGUCACCUUUUUCCUUUUCAUUGAUAAUAUCUUUGAAAAUUAAGACCAUUAGUUUCUCCUUUCCAUCCUCUUUCUUGUUUCUUUGGAAUUUAAUAAACAUUUCCAAUUGAAUUAUGGAAGUAUUGAAGUGAGGGGAAAAAUAAGGAGAAAGAAUAGAAUUUGAUGGGGAAUUGUUUUGGAGCUAAGUUAUCUAACUCUAACCCUAGUAGUACUCACCCCAGCUUCUCAGCUAGACCCUCUACUCCUGACACAUCAAAGAACUACAGCAGUGGUGUUGGCUAUUCGGCCACGAGUAGCAGUAUAGGAAAUAGUCGUUUCUCAGCAGCUGCAAGUGAUGAUACAUGUUUGAAUGGAGAGAUAUUGCCAACUCCAAAUUUGAAGAUUUUUAGUUUUUCUGAUUUGAAGUUAGCCACAAAGAAUUUCAAGUCUGAUUCAGUCUUGGGGGUCGGCGGUUUUGGGACAGUGUAUAAAGGAUGGGUUGAUGAGAAGACCCUUGCUCCGACUAAAGCUGGAAUUGGAAUGAUUGUUGCCAUCAAGAAGUUGAACUCUGAGAGUACUCAAGGAUUCGAAGAGUGGCAGUCAGAAGUGAACUUUCUAGGAAGGCUUUCACAUCCUAACCUCGUUAAACUACUUGGAUAUUGUCAUGAAGACAAGGAACUGUUACUUGUUUAUGAAUUUAUGCAAAAGGGAAGCUUGGAAAACCAUCUAUUCAGAAGGAGUGCCGCUAUUGAACCACUUUCUUGGGACUUGCGACUCAAAAUUGUCAUAGGAGCAGCGCGGGGCUUAGCUUUUUUACAUACGUCGGAAAAGAAAGUCAUUUACAGAGACUUCAAGGCCUCCAACAUACUGCUUGAUGGGAAUUACAAUGCAAAAAUAUCAGAUUUUGGCUUAGCUAAACUGGGGCCUUCGGGCGGAAACUCACAUGUGACUACUCGUGUUAUGGGGACAUAUGGUUAUGCUGCUCCAGAAUAUGUUGAAACAGGACAUCUGUAUGUAAAAAGCGAUGUCUACGGAUUUGGAGUCGUCUUGCUUGAGAUGUUGACGGGCUUACGAGCACUUGACACCAAACGACCAAGUGGACAGCAGAAGUUGGUGGACUGGGUGAAACCGAUGCUGUCUAACAAAAGGAAGCUGAAGUCCAUUAUGGACGCUCGGUUGGAAGGCCAAUAUUCUUCAAAGGGAGCAAUGCUUGCUGCUCAGAUUACUCUAAAAUGCCUAGAAGGCGACCCCAAGAAUAGGCCUUCGAUGAAAGAAGUAAUGGACGUGUUGGAACAGAUUGAGGCCAUCAAAGAGAAACCAAAAGAAUCCAGAAGCAAACCCGAGCAUUCUUCAUCUCAUCGCCACCGACAAUCUCCAAGAAGUCGUCAGUCACCACGUCAGACAAACGACCGUGGCUGACAAGUAGAACUGGGAGAGCAAAUAUGAGCUGAAGAAAUUGGCCUUAGCUAUGUGUUUAUAAAUUUUCUUUGUUUCUCAUUUAGUUUAAAAGUUUAAAGUUCUCUAUUUUAUGGCAUUUCAUUUUUUUAACUACAAUUUGUAUUGUCUGUCACCUCUUUAUUGUAUGGCAUAACUGUAUUAUAUGUAAUUUAUUAAAGGUACUCAUAGAGAGCUUGACACUUU